GGGGAAAAGAGGGGGAGAGCAGUGGAGGUUGGAUAAGGGAGGGAGAAAGAGAAAGAGGGAGCGAUAGGGAGAAGGAGAGACAGAGAGAGGGAGGGAGAGAGAGACAGAGAGCCAAGGAAGAGAUCUGUGGUCCUGCAGACAGACGGGUUGUGUGAGGCGCAGGGAGAGAGAGAUCCUGAGAGAACGAGUGAAAUUCGGAACCCGGCAUCAAGCUCCUGUGAGUCCUCACCCCCCUCUCGCCUCUCCGCUGUCUCGCUCAGAUGAUGUCAUCGGAACUACUCUCUCCUGGUUGGCUGCAGCAGCUGCUGCUGGUGCUGCUGAAGCUCACCGCGUCGUGCGCGGGUCCCACAAGGCCAGCCAAUGGGACGGCCUGCCCGACGCGAGAGCCCGCCUCCUACAUCCUGGUGUUCACGGGCCACUGGAGCCCCCAGACCUUCCCGAAACAGUACCCACUGUUCCGGCCCCCUGCGCAGUGGUCCAAGCUCAUAGCGGUGACCCACAGCGCGCAGUUCCGGCUCUGGCAGGAGGGGGCGCUGGCGAGCGCGGGGGUGCAGAGCUUCGCGGAGCGGGGGUUGACGGUGGGCCUGAUGAAGGAGGCGCGGGAGGGGCGGAAGAGGCGGGCGGUGGGGGCCAUGUACCGAACCGCCGGCAUCCCCACCGGGAUCGGGCACAGCUCCACAGAGCUCCAGCUGCUGCCCCGGAACCCCCUGCUGUCUCUGAUGGUGAGGAUAAUCCCCAGCCCUGAUUGGUUCGUUGGGGUGGACAGCCUCAACCUGUGCAAAGGGGGCCAGUGGCAGGAGGAGGUGACCGUUGACCUCCACCCGUUCGACGCGGGGACGGACAGCGGCUUCACCUUCUCCUCCCCAAACUACCCCACCGUGCCGCCAGAGAACAUCACACAGAUCACCUCACAGAACCCCAACCAUCCGGCGAACUCCUUCUUCUACCCCCGUCUACAGGAGCUCCCCCCGCUGGCCACGAUUAGGCUCCUGCGCCAGACCCGAGGCUCCACCCACCAAAACACACUGUCCAAUCACAUCCUGCCUCAUCUCAACACGCCCCAGCGAUUCUCAGAAACCCCGUUGGACUGUGAGGUGUCUCUCUGGUCGUCCUGGGGUCUCUGUCUGGGACCCUGCGGCAAGGAGGGGGUCCGGUACCGUACCCGCUACAUCCUGCUGCGCCCCUCCAACAGCGGCACCCCCUGUCCCGAGCUGGAGGAGCAGGCCGAGUGCAGCCCGGCCCAGUGCCCCAAACAGCACUGAGACUGCCCCCGGCCCCU